UUCUUCUCUUGGUUACUAUAGUUUCCUGUUCUCUCAUGGCUACUUCUGCUGCAACUAAUUCCACAGAUUGGUCUACUGCACUUCUCAUCAAGGUUGAUCAAUCUGGAAAUGGUGAUUUUAAGAAGAUACAAGAUGCUAUUGAUGUUGUUCCAUCUAAUAAUUCUGAUAAUGUCUUCAUAUGGAUUAAACCAGGAAUCUACAGAGAAAAAGUAGUGGUGGAUAAACCCUACAUAACAUUGAGUGGAUCAAAGGCGAGUACAACCAUAAUAACAGGGAGUGGCUAUGGCAACAUAUUUGAUUCUGCUACUCUCUCUAUACUGGCUACUGACUUUGUCGCCCGAUCUCUCACAAUUGAGAACACAUUCGGGGCUGGCAACAAAGCGGUGGCAUUAAGGGUAUCAGCGGACAAAGCGGCAUUUUACGGGUGUAGGAUACUCUCUUAUCAGGAUACCCUCCUUGAUGACACCGGAAGACACUAUUACAAUAACUCUUACAUCCAAGGUGCCACUGAUUUCAUCUGUGGAAACGCUGCUUCUCUCUUCGAAAAAUGUCAUCUACAUUCCCUAUCAGAAGGAACUGGGGCUAUAACAGCACAACGAAGAGAAUCACCUUCAGAGAACACAGGGUUCACAUUCUUGGGUUGCAAGAUCACAGGAGUGGGGACUUGUGUGUUAGGAAGGCCAUGGGGUGAUUACUCAAGGGUGGUGUUUGCCAUGACUUACAUGUCUAGUUCUGUACUGCCUCAAGGAUGGGACGAUUGGGGUCGUUCAUCCACUCAUAGUAGUGUGUAUUAUGGGGAGAACAAGUGCUAUGGACCAGGAGCGGCUUCAUCAGGUAGGGUUAAAUGGUCAAGAAGGCUUUCAGAUGAGGAGGUCAAACCCUACUUGACUAAGGACAUGAUUGGUGGCCGGGAUUGGCUUAGGCCUAUACCUAACUCUUUCAGGAGACCCUCUUACCUUAUCUCCAACAAGUAA